AUGUCUACCGGACAUCGCGGUGGAGGACGAGGAGGAGGUGGGUUCCGUGGUGAUCGCGGAGGAGGUGGGUUCCGUGGUGACCGAGGAGGAGGUGGUGGUGGCGGCUUUCGAGGUGAUAGAGGCGGAGGAGCCUUUCGAGGCGAUCGAGGUGGUGGCAUGCGUGGCGGUCGUGGUGGUGGGCCAGUGCCUCAGAAUCCGAAGAUUGCUCAGGUUGAGGAUGCCCUGCUACCAGCGGCAAAGAAGACUUUGGACCUCAGCACCUUGAAGCUGAGCGAGGAUUAUCCUACUCGCCCGGGCUUUGGCACCAGGGGUGCCAAGGUUCUUCUCACAGCGAACUAUGUCGAGCUCAUUCCGCCCUCCAACCUCGUUCUCCAUCAGUAUGCUAUCCACACCAGCCCAGAGGCCGCCGGACGCAAGCACAAGCGAAUCGUGCAACUGUUGUUGGAGUCCGCGGAAGUUUCUCCCUACAAGGGCAAUGUUGCCACCGACUUCAAGUCUACACUGAUCUCUAAGACGAAGAUCAGCGACUCAAACCAGAUCAAUGUCGAUAUUGUGUAUCGUUCCGACGGAGAGGAUGAGCCUGGAACUGGAGCUUCGACGUACAAGGUCCGUCUACUUUGGGUUAAGAGCCUGAGCAUUGGACAGUUGACCGACUACCUCAACUCUACGAACUUGAGCAACGCAGUCGAGAACAAGCACGAGUUCAUCCAGGCGCUGAAUAUCUUUCUUAACCAUUACGCCAAGUCUGCCAACAACCUUGCCUCGAUCGGGUCAUCUAAGACUUUUUCUUUGAGCCAGAACAUUGCCCGAGCAGACCUAGGCUCUGGUCUAGAAGUAAUUCGCGGCUUCUUCUCGAGCGUACGCACUGCAACCUGUCGCGUCCUUGUCAACGUCAACGUCAGCCAUGGGGCUUUCUAUAAGACUGGACCUCUCACAGGACUUAUGGGCAGUUACGGCACUCGUAGCACGGCAUCCCUUGAGAAGUUCCUCAAAUUGGUCCGCGUUCAGACCAACCACUUGCCCGAGAAAAAGAACAAAGCCGGCCAAGUGAUUCCCCGAAUCAAGACGAUAUUCGGCCUUGCGAGAAAAGACGAUGGACACGGUCUUCCUCACCGCCCCAAGGUCCUUUCCCAUGGUGCAGGUGCCAAAGACGUCCAGUUCUGGCUUGAGGGUGAUGGUGGACCGAAUGCUACGAAGGCAAAGGCUAAGGGCGGCAAGAAAGAAGGCCCGGCGACUGGUGGAAAGUACAUCAGCGUGUUCGACUUCUUCAGGACAGCGUACAAUCGAGUCUUGCAACACCCAGAGCUCCCCGUAGUCAAUUGUGGGAACCGUCAAAAUCCCAUGUAUCUGCCCGCAGAAGUCUGCACCGUCAUCCCUGGUCAACCCUCAAAGGCGAAGCUCGACAGCCGCCAGACACAAGAAAUGAUCAAGCAUGCUGUUCGCAAGCCGUGGGAGAACGCGGCUUCGAUUGUUCAGCAGGGUAUCCAGACUGUCGGUCUUGAUGAGAAGUCGAACAUUCUCUUAAAAAGCUUCAGCCUUCAGAUCACGCCAGGCCUCGUCAAGGUCCCUGGCCGUGUUCUCAACGGCCCCAAGGUAAUCUACAAGGGCAACAAACCUACCGAAACUCGCUUUGGGAGUUGGAACAUGAUUAACAUCAAGUUCAACACCGGUGCAACGAUCGCAGACAAGAAGUGGUCAUUCAUGAUGAUCACUUGGCAGGGAGGGCGCGACCCCUUUGAAAAGCCUCAACUGGAGGCGGUGAUGCACGAGUUCCGCCAGGGUCUCAUCACGAUCGGCAUGAAUGCAGGUGUACCGAUGUCAGGCAACAGGAUCCCAAUCACUCACGCGGAGGAUCCAGCCCUUGACGCUGCGUUCAAGCGCGCGCAAAGUGCUGGCCUGCAGCUGCUCGUCCUCAUUCUACCAGAGGCGAGCAUUCCACUCUACAAGCAUAUCAAGACGCUUGCGGACAAGGCGUACGGUAUCCACACCAUUUGCUGUGUCGCUCAGAAGCUGGCCAAAGAUCGAGGCCGCGAUCAGUACAUUGCCAACGUUGCAUUGAAGGUCAAUCUGAAGCUCGGCGGUGUCAAUCAGGUUGUCGAGCCGAAGAAUCUCUCAAUAAUCGAUCAGAAUAAGACAAUGGUCGUUGGCAUGGAUGUGACCCAUCCUUCGCCAGGCUCCGCAUCCAAUGCACCAUCUGUCGCUGCGAUGGUAGCCUCGGUUGACAAGUACUUGAGCCAAUGGCCAGCCGUCCUGCGCGUUCAGAAGGGACGCCAGGAGGAAGUGGAUGCGGUUGGAGAGAUGCUCAAGUCACGCCUGGACCUUUGGAAGACGAAGGGCAAGCACGCCGCGCUCCCUGAAAACAUCCUCGUCUACCGUGAUGGUGUGUCCGAGGGACAAUACGACAUGGUCCUUGGAAAGGAGCUGGCCCAACUCCGCCGUGCUUGCGAGCAGGUCUACCCAGCGCCCGAUACCAAGAAGGGCCUUCCCCGUAUCACGGUCAUCGUCUGUGGCAAGCGUCACAAGACCCGCUUCUACCCGACCACAGAGCAGGACUGCGACCGUUCCGGCAAUACCAAGCCCGGCACCGUCGUCGACCGUGGCGUGACGGAAGCCCGCAACUGGGACUUUUUCCUUCAGGCCCACGCUGCGCUUCAAGGAACCGCCCGCCCUUGCCACUACUACAUCGUGCACGACGAAAUUUUCCGGCAAAUAUACGCCAAGCAGAUUCCGCCCCCUUUUCAGAACAUUGCGGACAUCGUCGAAGACCUGACGCACAACAUGUGCUACCUUUUCGGUCGUGCUACCAAGGCAGUGAGCCUUUGCCCACCCGCCUACUACGCCGAUCUGGCGUGCGAGCGAGCUAGAUGCUACCUGGCGAGCUUGUUCGAUAGUCCUGUGCCGAGCACGGCACCAUCGCAGGCUGGCGGCUCGAUUGCGCCAGGAGGCGUACCGGCGAACGCGAAUGACGUGCAGAUCCACCCCAACUUGAAGGACACCAUGUUCUAUAUCUAG